AUGGGCAAUAAGCAAUCUACACCGCAGAGACGCAACACGGACAACGCUGAGGAGCACCUUCAAUACCAUACACUUCACGGUCCUGUUGCCGCGAAAGAUGUAUCCAAACAUCUCGAGACUGUACCCCCGCCUCACACACGCACCCCAUCCAGGUACCCUCAUGAAUUUCGUGGCACUCAGGUCCGGGGUGAAGGACCAAAGACCUUUGACGACUUCGCCACGGGUCCAGGUCGAUCCCAGGGGCCUACUGGUCCUAUGCAAGAGUAUCCCAUCCCACAGUCUGGCGAACAAUUCAAUUUCCAGUACGACCGUCGCCCCUUGAACGCGCGCCAAGCAAAUCGGCGCCUUCAUCCGAAUGAACGAGCAAAUGUGAUGGGGCCUGCCGACGGCCGACCGGCGAACGAUCCUUUUCAAACCCGGGCUGCGGUUCGUGUGGCCCAAGUCAAUGGCGGGGAGAAAAUGGCCGUUGUUGGUGUUAUGGCUCAUCCGACGGGGGAUACGGCGAAACUUGUGCGAGCACCCCUUGAGCCCCUCGGCCGUGAGGGUCGGCAAGAGAUGACGCGGCACGCUGAUGAACGUGGUCGUGUCCGGACGUACCCGCCCCGUGGCAUCGACGCCAAAGUCUACGAAGAUGCCGAGACUAGGUCUGGGAGGGUACGGCCGCCUGCCCAUCCUCAGAUGAGGGUGUGA